GAUUGACCGAUGAGUGGAAUCCAUCGUAGGCCUAUUUGUCUUACUGACUUGACUAAAAGUGGCCAAAUCCCAGGCUGUGAGUGAGCCUGUUAACUGCUCAUCAGUGCUCAUCAUGGAACUGUCCAGAACAGCUCUCCUGCUGGGCGCCCUCCUCUCCUCAGCCAGUGCAUCUGCAAUAGACCACUAUGUCAAGACAGAGGGGGCCUGGAUCCUGUCCCUGGUGAAGAGAGAGUACAACAUCGGCACAGUGGAGGGGUGUGCUGUCAAAUGUGAUCAGGAGACAGAGUUCGUCUGCAGGUCCUUUAUGUACGUUGAGAAAGACCAAGAGUGCUGGACGAUACCUGCCAAUAGCAAGUCAGAAGAAUCUGUCAGGAGAGCCAGCACGUCACUGUGGGAAAACAAACGCUAUCUCCUGGAGUGUGUGAACGGAAUUGGUACUGACUACAGGGGGACUAAGACCAAGACCAAAUCUGGGAAGACCUGUCAGAGAUGGGCAUCCAGAUUCCCUCACAAACCCAACAUCACGCCGCAGAGCCAUCAGCGGGCCGACCUGGAGUCCAACUUCUGCAGGAACCCAGACGGAGACGCCGGCGGCCCCUGGUGCUACACCAUGGACCCCAUCACUCGCUGGGAGACCUGCAACGUCCAGGACUGCACCGAGGAGUGUAUGUUCUGCAGUGGAGAGGACUACAGAGGGAAGAUUUCCACCACAGAAAAAGGAUACACCUGCCAGCACUGGAGCUCUCAGACACCUCAUAAUCACGGAUACAUCCCCAGCGCUCUCCCAGAUAAGUACCUGGAGGAGAACUUCUGCAGGAAUCCAGAUGGAGACCCCCGGCCCUGGUGCUUCACCCAAAACCCUGCCAAGCGCUGGGACUUCUGCUCCAUCUCUCGCUGUGCUGCUGAACCCCCCACCAUUGCCGGGGAGCUCGCCUGUUCCACCGGAGACGGUAGCGCCUACAGAGGCACGGUUUCCGUGACGACCUCCGGCAAAAUCUGCCAGGCAUGGUCGGCCCAGGUGCCGCAAAAACACAACCGCACACCCGACAACUACCCCUGCAAAGACCUAGACAAGAACUAUUGCCGUAACCCUGACAACGAGCGCAUGCCAUGGUGCUACACCACCGACGCAGAUACACGCUGGGAAUACUGCAAGGUCCCUUCCUGUGGAGACGUGCCCGCACCAGAUGAUCCGGUGAUUCCCCCAGAGACAGACGAAUGCUACGAGGGCAAUGGCAGCACCUACCGGGGUAUGAUGUCAGAGACUGUGAGCGGGAAGAAAUGCCAGAGCUGGAGCUCCAUGGUGCCUCACAACCACAAGAAGACCCCCAGGGACUUCCCAAAUGGCGACUUGAGGAGGAACCUGUGUCGUAACCCAGAUGAAGACCGUGCCCCCUGGUGCUACACUACUGACCCCUCUGUCCGCUGGGAGUACUGCGGUGUGGAGCGCUGCUCUGCCAAGCCUGUCAGACCCACUGCUGAAACCCCCAACGCCCCUCCCACGGAGGAGUUCCCCGAAACAGACUGCAAGGUGGGUGACGGUGCGACUUAUCGAGGCUCCAUCUCCAUGACCCAGCUGGGAGUGACCUGCCAGGGCUGGUCCUCCCAGAGCCCCCACCAGCACGCCUCCUUCACCCCUGUGACGCACCCCACCAAGGGCCUCGACUCCAACAGCUGCCGAAACCCAGAUGGUGAUUCCAAUGGGCCCUGGUGCUACACCACUGACCGCAGCAAGAAAUGGGACUACUGUAUCAUCCCUGACUGUGGUCAGAAGUGCGGCCAGCCUGCUGUCAAACCUAAGAGGUGUUUCGGUCGCAUCGUUGGAGGCUGCGUGUCCAAACCUCACUCAUGGCCUUGGCAGAUCAGCCUGCGAACCAACACUGGGAUUCACUUCUGUGGAGGGACCCUCAUCGCCGCUCAGUGGGUUCUGACAGCUGCUCACUGUCUGGAGAGGUCCAAGAGGCCGUCAGCCUACAAGGUUUACCUGGGGACCUACAAGGAGCGUGGCUACGAGGCCUCCAAGCAGGAGAAGAACCUGGUGAAGCUGAUUGUGGAGCCUGGUGGUGCCGACAUCGCCCUGCUCAAACUAGACAGUCCCGCUCUCCUGAAUGACAAAGUGCAACCUGCCUGUUUACCUGAGAAGGACUACGUGGUUCCAAGUGGGACAGAGUGCUACGUGACAGGCUGGGGGGAGACGCAAGGUACGGGAGGAGAGGGCGUCCUGAAGGAGACAGGCUUCCCUGUCAUCGAGAACAAGGUGUGUAACCGGCCGUCCUACCUGGCCGGCCGGGUGAAGGACCACGAGAUGUGUGCAGGGAACAUCGAGGGAGGAACAGACAGCUGCCAGGGUGACAGUGGUGGCCCCCUGGUGUGCCAUGCCCAGAAUGCCUUCAUCCUGCAGGGCGUCACCUCCUGGGGGUUGGGCUGUGCCAACGCCAUGAGGCCAGGUGUCUACGCUCGGGUCGCCAAGUUUGUUGACUGGAUAGACAGCACCAUAAAAGCCAACUAGCGUAGGGCAUUUCCCAACACUGUGUUUACUAGUAGCAGCUGAUGAGGUAAUGUGCUAGCCCCUCUAUGUUGUACAGUCCCACUGGUCUAAUUCUGUCAUAAAGACCUGAGAAGAUCUGAAAAUGGUUGGUGCUUUUGUGUCGCCGCCCUACAAUUAAGGGAUGGAAUCAUUAAAGAAAAAUAUUUUCUUAAUUAACCUGCCUAGUUAGUAUUAAGUAUUAAGAUGCCCCAGUCUCUGGGGCGUGCCUCACAGUGAUAUAGUACAGGAAGUUGAAUGAACUUCCUGUUUGAUGGAGGAACAGAGGAGGCUCUGGAGUAAUAAAGCUGUAUAAACAAUUCAAA